UUUUGCACACCAAGGGAAUCAGAAGAUGUGGGGAUUGGAUGAAAAUGUGACCUUGAAGUGCAAGAAGAAUGCAUCAUCUAGGAGUGCUUUUGUAGCUCAGUUGCCAGAAUGUGGAAGCACAAUGCAAGUUAAUCAACAAAAGGGGGAAGAAUCUCCAAAGCUGAUUGAGCAACAGAGUCCUGCUGAAUAUCAGCGUAAAGAGGACUUUCAGCCACUAACCGACAGGACCAUAUUUAUUCAAGAAUCAUCACAGCAGAAUCACACAAAGAAUCCAGUUUUCAAAAGAAAAGCUUCUGUAAACUCAAGUGAUUUGGUAAAUACAGCCAAUGCCACCACUCCAUUCAAAGUGUCAACUGGAAAGAAGGCAGAGAGCAUGCCCGUUUACCAGCUUCAAACUGGAUCGAAAGAAAAUCCUCAACCUCGUUUUGCUAAAGGAGGAAAAGUUUAUCAUGAUUGGAGAGGACUCAUAUCACCAGAAACUUCGGGACCUGUUGUAGAGUUUCAAGCAUAUUUGAGAAAGAAAGUCUGGAGAAACAAAAGACAGAAGCAGCUGGCUCCACAAAGCAAUGCACAAAAAGCUCUCAGCAUCUUUUUACAGAAAAGUGAUACCACAAGCCAGAAGUUUCAGGAUAAAAAGAUUGUUGGUGUAUCUGGAACAAAUGCACGGAGACAUCCUGCACUGGAAAAUAGACUGAAUGAGAGGCAGAAGCAAUUGUUUACUGAGAGGAUCAGGACCAUUUAUAGCCGACCAAAAGAUACUGAAAUGAAGGCACGGCAUAAAGUUCUGCUCAAAAAGAGACUCCAGCAUGAAACUGAGAGAAAAACAAAAACUGCAUUGCAUCAACAAAUCCUAAAAAAUUUCAAUAUCAUGCGCACUCGAAGACUGGAAAAUUCCAGACCACAUGAUGAACUUCUAGAUGCUUCUUACCCCAAAAGGAAAGGCCCAAGUCCUUAUCGACAAAAAUUGGCAGCUACCUAUAUUCAGAAGUUUGUCCGAGGGUGGCUACUGCGUAUCACCUAUAAUAGGAUUAAAAUUAAGGCUUUGAGCCAAGGAAAGUCCCUUUCAGCUGUUGUAAGACAAUAUCGGCAGAUGAUGACCCGUCUACGGAGGCGGUUUCAUGCCCCCUGGGAGCCAAUACCUUUGGUGUACUCAGAUUUUGAAGACUGGCUUAAUAGAAAAAAAAAAUAUGAAGACAUGUUUGCAAAGAGAGAGUUUUGGAAGGAAAUUAAUAAGAAUGAGUUACCAACUUUCUUCCAAGAUUGUGACCACUAUCCUUCCCUACGUGAAAUUAAUCAAACCUGGGCUUUGAUCAAUGCAGGAUCCUAUAACAGUCAGUCAGAUACAUUAACAAAGAAACAAGUAGUAGAUUUGGCUUUUACAAUAUAUCCACCUCCGAGUGCUGGCUUGGGUGAUCGUUCAACUUACCGGUCCACAUGGGUGAGACCCGUAGUGAAUGGAGAAGAGGGUUUCAAAUAUAUAUUGGCUGAUCAUCCGAUUUUGAAGGAAGCCAAAAUAGAAGUCGUUGGGGAUCUGGUCACCCAUUCGAUGUUUCAGAGAAACCAGAUUCAGAAAUUUUCCAAGAACUGAAUGGCUGAUCACUUAACAAAGCUAUAAGGCUGAUGUCCCAGUGAAGUGACUUCUGAAAGAUAACUGCUUCAUUCCAUGAAGAUCUGGAGGCAAAGAAAAUGUCUUUGAGCAAAAAGUAACUUAUCUGCAUAGUAGUUUGCGCAGCCUCAAGGAUGUAGACUAGGAACAGUUAAGAAAAGGUAUUCAGAUAGUCUGGACCUGUUACAGUUCUAAUUGAAACAUAAAAUGGCAGUGUAGAAAUAUUGACAUCAAAACCUCCACUUCAAUUGUUAAAAGCUGGUAUGUAACCAAAACCUUUUAACUGAGUUUUUCAGGACACAU